AUGGCUCGCCUCGCUCUGCCAGUUUUGCUGCUGCACGCAUCGCGCGCGCAGAUCAUGAGAUAUACUCCGGUCGAGCGCCUCGUGGGCCCCGACUUCUUCGAACAUUGGAAUUUCUAUUCGGGACCGGACCCCACGCAUGGCACGGUUGAGUUCGUCACAGAGAUGGAAGCCUGGAACAACAAGCUGCUCUUUGCAUCACCUAGUGGAGUCUACAUGGGCGUCGACAACACCACCAAGCUGGGAAGUGAAGGUGGCAGGAAAGCAGUGAGGAUCGAAAGCAAAAAGAGCUACAAUGGCGGCAUGUUUGUCCUCACUCUGAAACAUGUGCCCACUGCCUGCGGAGCCUGGCCGGCCUUCUGGAUGUUCGGCGAUGAUGCCCAGCAUGCCUGGCCUCGUUGGGGUGAGUACGACAUUCUCGAGUCGAUCCAUGUAGAGAACUACGCAACCACAACUUUGCACACCCGUGCGAGCUGUGACCAGCGAGAGGUCAACAACGGAAUUGACUUCGUGGGACAAGGUUGGGCGGCCGGUUCGACUGGAACCAACAAGGCAAAGAACUGUUGGGUCAAGGCCCCCCAGGAGUACGACAACCAGGGCUGUGGCCAGAAGCUGCCGGCGGGAUCCUUUGGCCCCGACUUCAACAAGAACCAAGGUGGGACCUUUGUUGCCGAAUGGGACAAUGUUGGCCGGCGAUCGCGGGCACGCGCCGCAAAGUCUGAAGCGAAGAAGGAUGAGUUGGCGGCAGCAAAUUUGUCAGAGACGGACUCCCUGGCCAUCGGCACCAUCAAGGAGCUUGAUUCAUUGAUGAUGGUCUCCGACAAGGUCUGCACAGACUUCUGGACUGCUUGGUCAUCAGAGUCUGCAUCGGUUGCUGUCUUGGCAGAAGCAUCUGGGGCUGUACUCGUCACCUUGGGAUCUACGCUAGGAAAUCUGCAGUUGCAUGGCAAUCGAAUCCAGAGUGAGCGUCGUCGCCCAUGGCCUCUUCAUGUGAAGGACCUUACUUCGAGGGUCUCAGCACUGGAGACCCUCCUUGGCCAGGUGCGCACCCGUGUGCAAACUAUCGGAACGAAUUUCGAUAGCAUGGCCAAAACCCAAGACUCCCUUUUGAGGGAGAUCCAGAAGCACCUAGCGGCCAUUGGUGGAGUUGCCAAGAGCUACAGUUCGGACACGCAGCUCGUCAUCGGGGUCAAGAAUGACAACCUGGAGGGCAUAAAGGAAUGCCUCAAGAAGAUCGCGGCUGUGACUAUGACAGUCAGGUCACAGCUCGCUCACGCGGCAGAUGACGGACCUGUCCAAGCAGACGAGCGCUUGGAUGACUGGGUGAAGAGCUGGGACGAGAUCCAGAAGUGCGUCCUCCAGGCCGACAACUCGGGCACCAAGAUCGAGAACCUCACGGAUUUGGUCCAAGGCAUCCACGGCAGGGUGCAGGUCAUGGAAGCCACCUUGAAGACCACGCAUCAACCCUAUGAUGCAGCUGACAUCGACUCCUUCGAUGAUGGGCCUUGCCAGAGAGUGGUCAUGGUGUGGAUGGACGGACAGGCCUAUCAAGUUCCGGCCAGUAUGAUCAAGUGA